GAACUACUGUGUCCCGAAAGUUCCUGAAUAAUUGCAGUUUUCGGCAUAUUGCUGGUAUGUUAAACUCUUCUUGUUCUAGUAUAGACCACAUAUUUAAUAUUGCAAUAUCAAUACCUUAGCCAAGAAAAUUCUCGGAAUACUGAGAGGCUGACAAACUGACUACCUGAUCCAAUCAACGUCCUGACUCAUUUUACUAUGAUUCAGAUUGUAUUUCCGCCUUUAUUUUACGAACUGUUUGUCAUCUCACGUUCUUCUCGGUGUCAGUGCAAAGGCUUAACUCCAUGAAUUUUAUUUAGAGCCAAUUCGAGACGUCCAGAAUUGACCACGAACCGCAAUGUUUGUACACAACAGCAGCUUUUCAGUCAGGAUCUCAGCAAGAAGAGCAAUGGCUUUUCGUCCAUUUCCCUUCACAUAAAUUAUAUUUCUUGUCAGUGUGAUAUGUAUUUUAAGUUUUGAUGACCAGCUUCUCGAUCCCGUUUCCCUUUAAAGUAGGUAAUACAGUCUAAAGUGCAUCAUAUUGGUGAUAACGAAGCAUAUAAGUUGCAUAAGACAUCAUUGCGAUGUGUAUUAAAUAAAGCUCCUUAGUUUCUAAUUAUUACACAGGGAUCGUCGAAAUACGGCUCUGGAGAGGUGUGACUGUAUAUAUUACACGCAUGGAAAAUGAAGCCAACGUUUUAGUAAAACUGAUUUUAACAAAUUGUCAGGGACAGGUUUAUCGCAUUUUAGGUCUACUGUUAUUUUCAGCUUAGGUUUCGUUAUAUUUUAAUUUAUUUUUUUUGAUCUCUUAAAGAUCAAAUAAGAAAACGCGGCGCUCUAUUUGAAAAAAGGAAGAACCACCGUAUCAUACAUUUCUCCUCUCCGUCGCAGUACUCGUACUCAGAAAAACAAAAGUAUUCUUUAAAGAUUGAAGCUAUCCACAGGCUCCUCUCGACCAGUAAUAAAAUCACUUUAUCUAUUUGUGCAUUACUUCGUGCAACUUCACUUGAAAGCUUCAGAGUUUGACUUCUUCUGCUGUUGUUAACGGCUUUUUGACGAUUGUUUAAAAUUAGCCUAAAAUGGUAACUGAAAGAUCGUUGGAAAUUGAGUCCUGCCAAACACGAAACCAUGGGUAACAUGACGUCAUAACAUGACUGCCGCAUAACACCAAAUGCCUUCAUGAUCACGUUGCCGUAUCAUACGUUCCACUUCUACGUCGCAGUACUCACUCUCAGAAGAAAAGGAAAUAAUUUUUGAAGACUAAACCUCAGAAAUGGCUGUGUAUGAUUUGACACAUUCCUUUUAAAAGACAGAUUUGACCAAACACUGAGUUCCACAAGUUUUGAGCUUAGUUGAUAAUCAGCUUGGACUGAGAUGGAGUAAAAAAGCGAAUGACAGGGUAAGUAUUCAGUAGAUGCAUUAAAAAUAUUGGAAAUUUUCCUCUGGUUGUUUAUCUAGUCAGGUAUUCAUUCGACAACCGUUUUCAGCUAACAUUAUAUCACGGCAAAAGUCUUGGACUAACUCCUUAGAGAAGGCUAACCAACAUGCUUCAAAACUGUUUUCAUAUUUCUAGCAAGAGUAGCAGUAUAGUAUGUAUAGUAUAAUUUUGUAAAAUUUAUUAAAGGUAAAAUUUCAGUUUCAAAGUGGCUAAAUCAUUCGAGUCAGUUAAUUUUAAUUAUUUAUCAAAAUUAGUGUCCCAUAAAUACAUUAAGCAGUAACAGAAAGCUAUCUUUUUUGGAAGAUUUGCUCAAUUUCCAUUUUAAUGGGGCCAUUCUGUUAUUGAGAAAACUGUUCAGAACUUUUCGAAAAAAGAGAAGAGUGAUCUGCCUCUCACCUUGCUACAAGGUCUCGGAGCGGCUAUCAUUGAAUACUAUGGUGUUGUCAUUUGUUGCCCAGGUGGGGUUUUAUUUUUGUUAUGUUACGGAUGGAGAUGAUAAAAGUAAAUUUUAAUCUUAAGAGUGGAACAGGGACUCCACAACCCUAAACUCUUUUGUGAAUUAUUUACACACUGCAUCUACAGCCUGCUGACUAGCACAAGAUGUGAGCUAAGACAAUAAUAAUCAAUGAACAACAACAAUCUGAAUUCUUUUCACCGCAAUUUUCUACUAAGAACCAUUUUAUUAUCAGGUACUUAUUACUACCUUGGACCGAAAUUUUGGAGUCAAUAACCUAUUAAACAAAGAACCACUUACUCCGUAAUUUUGUAAUUUCAAGCUGUUAAAAUCAUAAUCAAUAUAAGCGAUAUAGAUUUCUUUUGGCGCGCCUCCUCGCCAUUGUUUUCUCUUUGAUUUCUGUAUCUCUCUUGUUCUAGACUCAGUACUGCAUAGCUGAACGGUGCGUCUCCUCCCCAUUCUCUGCAUGGCUUCGCAGCUUCUCUUUCAAACCUUUACUCGCGCUAACGCCGAUACCACCAGCUAUUCGUGUUCUUAGUGUAGCAAAAAAACUCAUUAGUUAAUUAAUUAAUAAAUUAAAAGAAGUCAAAGCAACCUUGGCAGAUUUUCAAAACUAGUGAACGCUGGGAAUUUUAUGCCAUUAUCAUUUCUGAUCAUCACACUGCGCAUCAUACACAUCUUGUGAUUCAUUUUUACCUUGGUUUAACUUUAUCUUCCCCCUUUUUUAAAUUCAUUGUCAUAAAUUACCAAGCCCCGAAAUUAAAAUAACUAAAGGUAAAAAUUUACUCAAAAUUUGGUGAACUACAACAUGUAGUGAAGAGGCGGGACAUUUUAUUCCUUUCUGAUACGUCCAUUAUUAGGCGAAAGAUUAAUUCCUUCCUUCGGCAAAUUUUAUCUUAACACAGCUAACUAAGACUUAUUUACUUACCUCGGUUUUAACGGUUAGCGACUCCCAAGAACAACCAACGCAAAUCAAGGGAUGUCGUGAGCCAACUACAAUGAGACGAUUAUUAUAAGAGCAGUUGUCUGUAAGAUUCGAGCUAUAUUGAAAAGUCGCUGCCACACCAUCUCAUGCACCGAAUUGGCUAAAAAUUGGCAAGUAGACUUGAUUUGGGGUCUUAAAUAAGGAAUAGGUAACUUAAGGCUCUAAUUCCUCCUAUUUCGGAAAUUAUCGACAUGGCCGGUUUUUGGGUGCCUCCGACCGGCGCCAUAUUGGUUAAUAGAAGCUGCUUUUGAGCCUUCGACUACAACCCUGUCUUCAAAGCUAAUCUUCCUUUGCCGAUACACAUUGAAAGAACAAUCCCUCUUUAUUGUAUUUUCAGAAACUGAUUCGAAAUUGAUAACAUUUUCUCAACGAUCGAUUAAACUGUUGGUGGGUAUACUUUUUGAAUUUUUUACACUCGCAAAAUUAACAGAACUUUAAAGGCGUAUAUCUCUUUUGCCACAUCGCAUUGAGGCUUGCCACUGUGCCUGAAUACUCAUUGUUUGUAGUUAAAUCGAGUUCGUUAAUAAAAAAAUUGGGCAAAUUUAACGGAGCAGAAACAAAAGUAAUGAAUGGAAGAGUGUUCUUGCGAUUUUGUCAAUAAACUUUACACCGAAUACUCGCCAGGUGUUGCCUAAAUUACAAUCGAUAAUAGAGUUUCUGUCCUUAAAUCUGAGUGAUCUGUGUGAUAGAAUUAGCCUCUGUAAUAUAAUCGAUUACUCUGCUGCGAAAAACAGUAUAAAAAAAGGAAGAUUGUAUAAGGAAAAGGAAAAUGAAUUUGUUAUGUUUAUGCUACGACGCGUAAACAAAAUGCAACCAUCACAGUCGAACUGGCCAUUUUCUUGAUUUUCCUCCAGUUCCUUUAUCGAAACCAGAGCUUAUAGCUUUUAAAAUUAGCCAUAGUAAUGAAAAUUGAGAUGUAUUACCUUACUCGACGACAAAGAUGCCAGUUUCCACCUUGAUCGAAAAAAGGUAAUAUUUUCCCACGCAUAUCGCGGGUCGUCACGUUCCUUGCAUGGCGUUACAACUCACGUGAAACCGCCUGGUUUCAAACAACUGAACUGAAGAAUCCCUGAAAAUCUUAGCCAGGCAAUAAAUAAUGGAAGUUGAUAUAAGUUAUCAUUAUUAGUGAGCGAGGAUGCAAUGACAGUUCCAGCUACAUGUAUUUACAGCGUUUGAAGAUUCACUCAAAACUCUUGAGACAUGAGCCCUUGAAAAAAACAUCAUUACCUUUAAAAAAAAUUGGGCUUUGGCAAAGUAAUAUUAGCAACGGUUCCGUGUACAAUUUACAUAAUUACUCCACAAGUUACUCCACAAGAAUUUAUAGAAUCAGAGAGAAUUAUAGAAUUUACAUAAUCUUGUCUGGGCUCCAUUGAAAAAUUGCACUUCAUCAGAAACCUUCAAGUUCAUCCACCGCCGCGACAACUUCAUGAUCUAUUUUAAUGGGUGGCUUUCUGGAACUAUCCUAUGGCUUGUCCUUUCUGGUCGUCACUAUAUUAGCGAGCACGUUUCCAUUUCUCUCCAGCAAAAGUCUCUAUCAGGAGCGUAGCCAGGAUUUUCCAGGUGUGCGCACAAUUUUCAAAACUUACCCUAACUUCUUACUCAGUUCUCUCGUAACGUUUCCCCAUUACAUUUGCUAAUUCAGUUAACUAGGUAAGGUUAUGCGUGGAUGAAAUGGCACUUGCAAUCGGUGACAAAAUUAGGUUAGACGCUUUACCCUCAAGGACGACUCUCACGUUUUGCUGACACUUUCUACCUUAGAAGAGAAAAGUGAAGCUUUGCCUUCCCCACUCCGUGUAAAAAUUUCGUUCGGCUGUUCAAACUACUUUUAGAAAACAACAAACUUCCCAACUUUAAUUUUUAACAAAGGUAUAAGGGUAGGAAUGUACGCCAUGCAAAUGGAGUAUUUCACUGAUUUUAACACGAUGAUCAUAAAGUAGUGUCUAGUGAGUACGGGGCUAAUGCCCCAUCGUAAAAACCUGAAAGUGAAAACAAAAAUCUUGUAUAACCGAGUAGUACACAUUUUUAGUUAUUUUUAGUGAGUUGUGAAAAAUCACAAAUUUGUUUCUUCUUGAAUGUGUUAUACUCUCAUCCACUGAGUGUUUCCAGUCUCUCCGAUAUGCCUGUCGGAUAGCGGAAGUUAACGUAAA